AUGAAUCCUGAUAACCACGACAACAGCGCCACCAGCAACACUCCUCCCCUGUCUGCACCCCCAAACUUUAGAGCAUCUAAAAGGAGUUCUAUUUCAUUCGGUUCAUAUCAUCGACUGCAUCAAAACCCAUCUAAUAAUUUUAUAUGGGGCAAUACACCUUAUGGAAAUAGUUCCACCUAUCAGCAACAACAAAAACAACAACAACAACAACAACAGCUCUAUAAUAUUUUCAACAAUAAUAACAUUACCACCGCUUGGGCCAACAAUUCUGCAUUUAAUCCAAAUACUGGAUAUUAUUAUUCAUGUUCGCAUAGAAGUAACUUUCCUAUAUAUGCCUUGGAUUGGACAGUUGCCACAGAUUUAGGUGAUUUGGUGUGCUUGGGUUCAUAUAAAGAAGACAAUUUUAAUAAAAUUCAAAUAUUAAGUAAUACGAAUAAUAACGACAGUGCAGGCACUACUGGUCUUCCUUCAUGGGAAACCAUUGGCGAAUUUAAUGGUUUAAAUUACCCAAUAAGUAGAGUACAAUGGUCACCCUUAUUAGCUCCAAUGUUUGCCACAUGUAGUGAAAAUUUAAGAUUAUGGUCUUUCACAUCGGAUCCACUUUUAUCUACUGGCGAGGAGACAGCAGAUACCAUAGAUUAUGACAAGGAUGAUUUUGUUGCAAGUCCCAGAACUAGUAUAAAUCCAAAAAAACAAAAAAAGAAUAACCAACAGCACGUAGAUGAUUCUUCUUCCAUCAAGGAAGUUUUAAAUUUAUCCUUGUGCAAACACUUAAAAUCACACCACCACCACCAUUCACAUGUCAACGAUCCCAUUAAACCAUUGAGUUCAAACGCCUCUGCUUUAUUGUUAGGUAGUUUCCCACCUGUUACUUCAUUUGAUUGGAAUAAACUAAAUGCUUCAAAUAUCAUUUCAUGUUCUAUUGAUACAACGUGUACUGUAUGGGAUAUCAACUUGCAAACAGUUAAGACACAAUUAAUUGCCCACGAUAGCGAAGUAUUUGAUGUUAAAUAUUUGCAUGGAAGUACUGAUUUGUUUGCUACCUGUGGCGAGGAUGGAAGUGUACGUGUUUUUGAUUUACGGGCAUUGGAUCAUUCAUCGAUUAUAUAUGAACCAAUUUUGCCAAGCGAUAAUAACACUACCACUACCUCCCGUGUUGAUGCCACAAGUGAUAACUCUAGCGUUGCUGAAAACACAAUAAGCAUAAAUAGUUUACUGUCACAAUCACCAACAAGCGCUAUGCCCGGCAACAGCCACCCAUCUAAUAAUAAUAAUAAUAAUAAUAAUAAUAAUAAUAAUAAUAAUAACAAAAAUACUAAAAGCACAAGUUUAUUAAGGCUAGAAACUUCACCCUUUGAUUUUAAUAUAAUAGCCACUAUCAUGCAAGAUUCUAAUAAAAUAUUACUAUUGGAUAUGAGAUACCCGGGCACACCAGUGGCAAUAAUGAAUGCCCAUGGGUCCACAGUAAACAGCAUCAAAUGGCAUCCAACAAGAAAAAAUAUUUUAGCCAGUUGUAGUGAUGAUUGCCAAGUAUUAAUAUGGGAUACAAACAGGUCUAGUGUUACCGCUGCUAACACCGCUACUACUACAAAAAAUGCCAUGAACAAUGGUGUUGAUGCAGGUACCACUGGAUCCGAAACUGUUAUACCGCCUAGUUUGUGUUACAAUGAUUCACUCAAUGAAGAAAUUAAUAAUUUAAGUUGGCGCGGUAGUAGUGGCAGCACCAAUAGUAACACAGGUGGUAAGAAUGAUGAUUGGCUAGGUUUAGUUAGGGGUAAAUAUUUUCAAAGCGUCAAGUGUUGA